CGAUGGGCAGGAUGGCGGCGGCGGGACUACAACUCCCAUGGUGCGCUGCGUGGGAGGCGCAGGCGCAGUAGCUUCCCCCCAGCACCUGAUCUUUGGAUCCACGUUGCUUCCUAUUCGUAUAGCACCCAAUAUCUGCUCCUCUCAUCCCCUCCAAGCAUGUCGGAAGGGGACAGCAGUGGAGAUGCCAUUCAUGGUAAACCAUCGACGGUUGGCAUGUUUUUUUCACGGUUGGGACAGGUCUACCAAUCACUCUUAGACAAGUCCACGCCCUUCACAAUUGUGCGAUGGGUUGUAACGUUUCUUUUUGGUGCAAUCUACAUGAUUAGAGUUUAUAUCCUACAGGGAUGGUACAUUGUGACUUACGCACUGGGGAUUUACCAUCUGAACCUCUUCAUUGCUUUCUUGUCUCCCAAAGUUGACCCUUCACUAAUGGAAGAUUCAGACGAGGGGCCAGCUUUACCGACAAAGCAGAACGAGGAGUUCAGACCAUUUAUAAGAAGGCUGCCAGAGUUCAAGUUCUGGCAUUCCGCUACAAAAGGAAUCGUGGUGGCGAUGUGUUGCACUUUCUUUGAGGCCUUCAACGUGCCCGUUUUCUGGCCAAUUCUGGUCAUGUACUUCAUUAUGCUCUUCUGCAUUACCAUGAAGAGGCAGAUUAAGCAUAUGAUCAAGUACCGAUAUCUACCGUUCACACAUGGCAAAAGGACAUACAAGGGGAAGGAGGAGCCCGGGAAAACAUUUGCCAGUUAGAAAAUGUGACUUUCCACGUUCCUGGAAUUAUAUUCUCUACCGCCCCCUCCCUCUCCUCACUCCCUCCCUCUCCCCCCGCAUCUCACCCUUUACACGUAAAUUUUGGACAAUAAUCGCAGUGACAACUCUGUUCUUAUCAUGUCUACUCAAGGCCUUGCUGAAGGGUACAUUUUAGGUGAUUUAGUUGAGAUUAUUUUGGAUGACACAAGAUGUCUUUAUAAAAUAUCGAUUUUUUUUUUCUCCAACCUUUUUUUGGAUUAAUUUAUAGGUGACCGCACUUAGAAAAAAAAACAACCAGUUAACUGUAUUCGAUACGCCAGUUAUUUCAAAUGUACUUUGUCACUUAAACGAAACAAAAAAAGGAUAAAAAAAAACAAAUCAAAAGAUCAAUAAUGUGUUUGGUAGAAAAAAAAUGGGUUUCUUACAUCGGCGGCUUUGCAAAAACGCCGUGUGUGUUUCUGUAAAGCUACUUUUCAGUAUUACCAGAAACAUUAAAUCUACGUGAAGGAGUUGUCUGUUGGUAUUUUAAACUUUUUUUUCCAUGGAAGGUUGUAGAGACUUUCUUCUGGUCCAGCAAAUUAUUUUCUUUUGAAGCUCAUUUUAAACAAUUGAAAUUUGCUUUUGAGAUUGUCAUAAGGGGUUGGGAUUCCGAAUGGGGAGUGGGGGAGAACUUGGUUGGGAUUUUUCUUCAGGAGGGGGACGGUGGGAAACGAGGGAAAACAAUUCAGUCAGGCUGCAAAAAAAAAAGAUUGGAAGAGGCCAGGCUCUGGGAUUUCGAAGCCAGUGUGUCAAGCGCAAGAAAUAGUAUUUGUUUUUCUAUAUAAAAAGUAAUGCCACAGAACAAGUGGGAGGUGUGUGUGUUUAUCAGAGGGGGGGAGGGGGGGAGAGGAUGUAAUUCUACAAUCCAUCCCUCACUUAGGAAUAUGCAGAGAGCCCUGUGUCUCUCUGGAUACCAUCAGGACACAUACUUUUACAUAAUAUGGGGAUAGUAAUAAAAAAAAUCAUACCUUUGGUUUUCUGAUGGUAUUGAUGCUGUGGGUUCGAGAUUCUGAGAUUUGAUUUUUUUUAUAUAUAUAUAUAAAUAUUAAAGUUGCCCUCAGUAGAUUCCAGAAUUUAAAACGAUAUAACCAGUGUGAAACCUGUACUUUGUUUUUAACGCACAUUAAACUGCUCAGGCUCGCAUCCCAAAGGCUUUUGAAUGAAUGUAGCUUUUGGAUACAGCGGAGCAAUCGCUCGUAAAGGGAUAUAUGGUGGAGGGAAGAGAAGGGGUCGCCAAAAUAUUUAAUCUUUAAAGCAAUUGGAAAGCUUACACUUGAGGUGAGAGGCAGUGGAACGGAGAGUGGAGAUGUGAAACGAGCAAUGCGGGGGAUUAACUGUUUAAAUCGCUGGUGAGAGCUAGUAGCCCCUCCCAUGGCAAUCGUGAGGGUGAACGGGAUGCUUGCGGGUUCAGUUCAGACUGGUGUAUGUCAGCUGCGGCUGAUGUUUUAAAAUCAGGCAACCUUUUACAGGAUAAAAGCAGGUGGACUGUGGUGCUUUGGCAAGAUUGGGUUAAGAUUGGGUUUGUCGUACUGUGAGUCUCACUGCACUCAUGUGCUGCCCAGUACAGGCACCCGAUCUGGUUAUUUGCAUGUGAAAUUGCCUAUCGAGCAGCAUUCACAUCGGACAGGUAGGAAUUCUGGUUUGUAGCCAAAUUUAAAAUGUAUUUAACCUUCCACCCGAGGCGAUAACCUGCCCUCCUGUCACGUGCUGCAGUGGGUUAUAUCCGUGCAUUUUUUGUUUUGGAACGGCUGAAGUAUUGAUUUAAAGAGAUUUGAAACCA